AUGCCUUCAAGCGUCGUUCAAGAUGCCAAACAGACGGGCGAAUCCGUCCUCAACGAUGCCUCCUCUGCUGUCAAGUCAGCCGCCGAGAACCCAAAACAAGCCACUUCGAGUUUCCUACAUACCCCUUUUAUGCGCGCAGCACUGCCCUUCAUCAAUGGCGGCCUUGCAGGCAUGACGGCCACUACCGUGGUGCAGCCAGUCGACAUGAUCAAGGUCCGAUUACAACUCGCCGGCGAGGGUGUAAGGACGGGGCCCAAGCCAACUCCCAUCACCGUGUUCAGGGAGAUUGUAUCUCAAGGAAAAGUCUUGGAUCUGUACACGGGACUGAGUGCAGGACUUCUCCGACAAGCCGUGUACACAACCGCACGUCUCGGAUUCUUCGACACCUUUAUGAAGAGUUUGACCACUUCAGCGGAGGCCAAGGGAAGCAAAGUCGGCUUCACCGAACGAGCAGGCGCAGGUCUGGCCGCAGGAGGCCUUGCGGCUAUGAUCGGCAAUCCCGCGGACCUGGCUCUUAUCCGCAUGCAGUCGGAUGGCCUGAAGCCUGCUGCGCAACGCGCCAACUACACUUCCGUCGUCGACGCUCUGAUCCGCAUAUCCAAGAACGAAGGCAUUGGGAGAUUAUGGGCAGGUUGCUAUCCUACCGUCGCACGUGCAAUGGCUCUCAAUUUCGGCCAACUGGCCUUUUUCUCCGAAGCAAAGAACCAGCUCAAGAAUACCUCUUUGUCGACCCAGACUCAGACCCUGGCCGCAUCUGCUGUAGCAGGCUUCUUCGCCUCCUUCUUCUCCUUGCCCUUCGACUUCGUGAAGACGAGGCUGCAGAAACAGACAAAGGGACCGGAUGGGACCUUGCCUUACAAGGGCAUGUUUGACUGUUUCAAGAAGGUCGCGAGGGAUGAGGGCUUGUUGAGGUUUUACAGAGGGUUUGGGACGUACUAUGUGAGGAUUGCACCGCAUGCAAUGGUAACUCUCAUUGUGGCCGACUACUUGGGUUUCCUCACAAAGUAA